AUGGCGGAUGAGGAUUACAACGACAUUGAUAUGGGAUAUGAAGAUGAGCCACCAGAGCCAGAAAUUGAAGAAGGUGCAGAGGAGGAUGUGGAGAAUAUUAACAAUGAUGAUCUUCCAGGAGACGCUAUUGAAGCUGAAGACAAAGGCGAGCAAGCAGAGGUGGAAGGACCUCGGAAAACCUCAAAAUUUAUGACCAAAUAUGAACGCGCUAGAAUCUUGGGUACCCGUGCACUGCAGAUUAGGUAG